CGGCGGCCCAGCGCGAUCGGAGGGACUAGCGGCGGCCGCGGGCGGGAUGCUGGCACGUGUGUCCUGGUCCCCGACACCCUUCUGUGGGCCUACUGAUCUGUUCCUCUUCGGUGGCAGGGACAUCAACGGAGCCACUCAGACCUGCAGGGGCCCUUGGUGCAUUCUGUCAUGGUAAAUUAAGGAGCCUCGUCUAGAAGUCCUAACUCGCAGUUCCCCAUCGUCGGGAAGGCUGGGACUCCAAGAUGAUUAUAAAGGAAUAUCGGAUCCCUCUGCCGAUGACCGUGGAGGAGUACCGCAUCGCCCAGCUCUACAUGAUACAGAAGAAAAGCCGAAAUGAGACCUACGGUGAGGGCAGCGGCGUGGAGAUCCUGGAGAACCGGCCGUACACAGACGGCCCCGGCGGCUCAGGCCAGUACACACACAAGGUGUACCACGUGGGCAUGCACAUCCCCGGCUGGUUCCGCUCCAUCCUGCCCAAGGCGGCCCUGCGGGUGGUGGAGGAGUCCUGGAAUGCCUACCCCUACACACGAACCAGGUUCACCUGCCCUUUCGUGGAGAAGUUUUCCAUCGACAUCGAAACCUUUUAUAAAACCGAUGCUGGGGAGAACCCGGACGUCUUCAGCCUGUCUCCUGUGGAAAAGAACCAGCUGAUGACAGACUUCAUCGACAUCGUCAAGGACCCUGUGCCGCCCAAUGAGUACAAGGCCGAAGAGGACCCCAAGCUAUUCCAGUCAACCAAGACCCACCGCGGGCCGCUGUCCGACAACUGGAUCGAGGAGUACAAGAAGCAGCUGCUGCCCCUCAUGUGUGCCUACAAGCUCUGCAAGGUGGAGUUCCGCUACUGGGGCAUGCAGUCCAAGAUCGAGAGGUUCAUCCACGACACCGGCCUGCGGCGGGUCAUGGUGCGGGCCCACAGGCAGGCCUGGUGCUGGCAGGAUGAGUGGUACGGGCUGAGCAUGGAGAACAUCCGGGAGCUGGAGAGGGAGGCGCAGCUCAUGCUGUCCCGCAAGAUGGCCCAGUUCAGUGAGGACGAGGGGGCCACCGAGCUCGCCAAGGACCAGGACACCCAGGACCAGGCAUCCGGGGUGCCCCCUGAGCCCAGCAGCAGCCACGGGGAGCCCCUGGUGGGGCGUGGCCUGAAGAAGCAGUGGUCCACGUCCUCUAAAUCGUCACGGUCAUCCAAGCGGGGAGCCAGCCCUUCCCGCCACAGCAUCUCAGAGUGGAGGAUGCAGAGUAUUGCCAGGGACUCUGACGAGAGCUCAGACGACGAGUUCUUUGAUGCCCAUGAGGACCUGUCUGACUCGGAGGAGAUGUUCCCCAAGGACAUCACCAAGUGGAGCUCCAACGACCUCAUGGACACCAUUGAGAGCCCAGAGCCAGAGGACACACAGGAGAGUCUGUAUGGCCAGAGCAGCCCAGAGUUCAGGGUGGCCUCCAGCGUGGAGCAGCUGAACAUCAUCGAGGACGAAGUCAGCCAGCCACUGGCUGCACCGCCCUCCAAGAUCCACGUGCUGCUGCUGGUGCUGCACGGAGGCACCAUCCUGGACACGGGCACCGGGGACCCCAGCUCCAAGCAGGGAGAUGCCAACACCAUCGCUAACGUGUUUGACACCGUCAUGCGUGUGCACUACCCCAGCGCCCUGGGCCACCUUGCCAUCCGCCUGGUGCCCUGCCCCCCUGUCUGCGCCGACGCCUUCGCCCUCGUCUCCAACCUCAGUCCCUACAGCCACGAUGAGGGCUACCUGUCCAGCAGUCAGGACCACAUCCCCCUGGCCGCCCUGCCUCUGCUGGCCACUUCCUCACCUCAGUACCAGGAGGCAGUUGCCACAGUGAUUCAGAGGGCCAACCUGGCCUACGGGGACUUCAUCAAGUCCCAAGAGGGCGUGACCUUCAGUGGGCAGGUCUGCCUGAUUGGGGACUGCGUUGGGGGCAUCCUGGCAUUUGAUGCCUUGUGCCACAGCAACCAGCCAGUGUCUGAGAGUCAGAGCAGCAGCCGCCGCGGCAGCGUGGUCAGCGUGCAGGAUGCUGAGCUGCUGUCCCCGGGCACCCUGGGGAAUGCAGCCCACGGCUCCAGUGGCAGUGGCGGCGGUGGCUCCAGCCUGGAGAGCAGCCGGCACCUGAGCCGCAGCAGCACCGACAUCCCCCGCAGCACUGGUGCCGAGGACUCCAGAAGGCAGCUGCCCCGCAAGAGGAGUGACUCGUCCACCUACGAGCUGGACACCAUCCAGCAGCACCAGGCCUUCCUGUCCAGCCUGCAUGCCAGUGUGCUGAGGAACGAGCCCGGCUCCCGCCGCUCGAGCAGCUCCACCAUGCUGGAUGGCGCCGGCGCCCUGGGCAAGUUUGACUUUGAAAUCGCAGAUCUCUUCCUCUUCGGGUGCCCACUGGGUCUGGUCCUGGCUUUACGGAAAACCGUCAUCCCUGCCCUGGAUGUUUUCCAGCUGCGGCCAGCCUGCCAGCAAGUCUACAACCUCUUCCACCCCGCCGACCCCUCGGCCUCCCGCCUGGAGCCCCUGCUGGAGCGCCGCUUCCAUGCCCUGCCACCCUGCAGCAUCCCCCGCUACCAGCGCUACCCGCUGGGGGACGGCUGCUCCACGCUGCUGGCAGAUGCACUCCAGACUCACAACGUGGUCUUCCAAGAGCAUGCAGCCCCCUCGUCGCCCGGCACGGCCCCCACCAGCCGCGGCUACCGCAGAGCCAGCGAGAUCAGCAUCGCCAGCCAGGUGUCAGGCCUGGCCGAGAGCUACACGGCGUCCAGCAUUGCCCAGAAGGCCCCCUCAGCGCUCAGCCACACCCCCAGCAUCAGGCGCCUGUCCCUGCUUGCCCUGCCCUCCCCACCCCCUGCCACCCCAGGGCCCCACCCCCGGGCGAGCCCCAGCCUGGACAGGGCCCCCUUCCUCCUUGGCGUGGACAUCGGAGAAGUUGCUGCUAAGUGGUGGGGCCAGAAGCGGAUCGACUAUGCCCUAUACUGCCCCGACGCCCUCACGGCCUUCCCCACGGUGGCCCUGCCCCACCUCUUCCACGCUAGCUACUGGGAGUCAACGGAUGUGGUGUCCUUCCUACUCAGACAGGUCAUGAGGCACGACAGCUCCAGCAUCUUGGAGCUGGAUGGCAAGGAGGUGUCGGUGUUCACCCCCUCACAGCCCAGAGAGAAGUGGCAGCGCAAGAGGACACAUGUGAAGCUGCGGAACGUGACGGCCAACCACCGGAUCAGUGACGCAGUUGCCAACGAGGACGGCCCACAAGUUGUGACAGGCCGGUUCAUGUAUGGGCCCCUGGACAUGGUCACCCUAACCGGGGAGAAGGUGGACGUGCACAUCAUGAUGCAGCCACCCUCGGGUGAGUGGCUAUACCUGGACACACUGGUGACCAACAGCAGUGGGCGUGUCUCCUACACGAUCCCCGAGACACACCGGCUGGGAGUGGGGGUCUACCCCAUCAAGAUGGUGGUCAGGGGAGACCACACGUUUGCUGACAGCUACAUCACUGUGCUGCCCAAGGGCACGGAGUUUGUGGUCUUCAGCAUCGACGGCUCCUUUGCCGCCAGCGUGUCCAUCAUGGGCAGCGACCCCAAGGUGCGGGCCGGGGCCGUGGAUGUGGUGCGGCACUGGCAGGACCUGGGCUACCUCAUCAUCUAUGUGACGGGCCGGCCGGAUAUGCAGAAGCAGCGGGUGGUGGCGUGGCUGGCCCAGCACAACUUCCCCCACGGUGUGGUGUCCUUCUGUGAUGGCCUGGUGCACGACCCACUGCGGCACAAGGCCAACUUCUUGAAGCUGCUCAUCUCUGAGCUGCACCUGCGCGUGCACGCAGCCUACGGCUCCACGAAGGACGUGGCGGUCUACAGCUCCAUCAGCCUGUCCCCCAUGCAGAUCUACAUUGUGGGCCGGCCCACCAAGAAGCUGCAGCAGCAGUGCCAGUUCAUCACGGAUGGCUACGCAGCCCACCUGGCCCAGCUCAAGUACAACCACCGGGCACGGCCAGCCCGCAACACCGCCACCCGCAUGGCACUACGCAAGGGCAGCUUCGGCCUUCCUGGCCAGGGGGACUUCCUGCGUUCCCGGAACCACCUGCUCCGCACCAUCUCAGCUCAGCCCAGCGGCCCCAGCCGACUCGAGCGGACGCAGGGCCAGGUAGACUGUGAACAGCGAGGCCAGCGCAGCAUGAGCAUGGCAGCCAGCUGCUGGGGCCGCACCAUGACAGGCCGGCUUGAUCCAGGGACAGCCACGGGCCCCAAGUAGGGCACCGUCAGCGAGGCACCAUGGUCUCUUAGGCAGUGCUAGGCCAGGGUUCCAGCUCCACCAGGAGGUCUGGCCUAAGCACACGCAGGUGGCUGGGGAGGAACAGACACGCCUGAGAGCUUGUCCCACGGCCCACUGGAGGACACAGGCCAUGCCACCCAGUCCUCCCAGCCCUGCCUCCUGUCAUAGGGCCUGUGGGGUCCAGCAUAUCGUGGAAGACGGCAGGACAACCAGCCAGGAUGACAUAAGGACCAAGACAUCCCACUGAGCCUGGCCUGGGAGGCACUUCUGGACAUUGUGCCCUGUGUUGGUCUCCCAGCCUCCUGGUGCCAGGGGUGGGCCUGAGCCCAUCCUGCCACCUCCCUGUCCACUAUCCUCCACCCCAAGGUCCCCUCCAUUUGGUAGCAGCUCCAACAGGGGUCCAGCCUGCUUCUCGUUGACUCCAGAUUCUCAACUGUCCGACCUCACUGGUUUUGCCCUGGUUUUUGAAUGUGGGACCCUUUACCAUCUAUGGCUACAGACUCGCUGACAUGCAUGAAAACUCAAUAUCUGCUGAUCCAGGACCUGUUACCACACAGAAGGUUCCAGUUUGGCAAAUCCGUGUGCAAGCAGGAGAGCAAGGCCAUAUCUUAAUUCCUGCAGCCCUGCCUGGCCUGCCAGAGCCAUGGCAGCCCCGGGACCCCUGCCCGCCUGUCUGCCCAGCUGGGGCCCAGUGCCGUCAUGGGGCUGGUGUUAUUUCCAGCCCUGAGCACAGCCCAGGCAUGAGGCCAAUGAAACACAAGGCCGGCUCCCUCGUUGUCCCACCUUGGGCCAUGGGGCCUGGACAAGCCUGGCCUCUUCUCCUUGCCUGCCAUCGGUAGGGCCCCAGGCCGUGGCCCACCCACCCACCCGCCUGCCCUCCGCGUUUCUACGCCUUUCUACUUCUCAACCUGAUUUCUAUGAGGUUUUUUUAAAUGAGCAAUCCUCGGCUGCUUCCUUUCUUAACUCUUUCAGUACCAAGCGCAGCCCAUCCACAUUGAGAACACCCAGCACUGUGACGGAGUCCAGCCUGGUUCUGGGUCCCGUGGGCCCCACCCUAGCCCACUCAUCGGGGUGCGGGCUCCCUGCCUCACCUGACCCAUUAAUUCCACUGAAUUUCUAUGGGGGAGGGGGGUUGGGACAGGGCCACACUUAGGUUUUUUAAUGCCAAUUCCGUUUCAAUGCUGAAUCUAAGCCACAGCUCGCUUGCUAGCUUAAGGGCAGGCAGCCAGGACUUCACUUCUCACCCACACCAGGAGUGCUGCACCCGGGCCUGACACCUGUCUCCCCUUCCCAGCACCGGGCAACCUCGGCUGCCGCCCCAGGUUCCUCCACCAUCCCCAAGGCCCCGGACAGCCCUCCAGCCACUGCACUCUGUUCCUGAGACUCUGCCAACCUGGAUACAGCUCAGGGCCCUGCUGGGCUGGGGAGGUGUGCAGGCUGAGGGCAACUUUCCCCGUGUGUAGAUAUGUACAGCAAAGGGUCAUGUAAAUGUUCUCAAAUGGGGGCCUAUACAGAGGAAGAGCUAUUUAUUUUGUGCAGAGAAAACACCUGGGGGAUGGAGCCUCCAGGGCUAUUCACAUUUAAGAUGUAGCUUUUUGUUGUUUCAGGCAUAUUGUAUAAAGCAACGACUAUUUUAUGGACCAAGUAUCCUCGUAACUGUUGCAGUGAAAGUGCAAUAGCUGACCCCUUGCUCCCAGCAGGAGUCGCUGGCCCGACAAUCACAGCCCUGGCCAGGGGCCCCUGUGGCCAGUGCCACCGCCUCUAUAAGCCCCACCUUGCCCCACCUCACCUAUACCUCGGUGACUAGCCAUCCAGAGAAGCACCUGGAAGUCCUGGGCCCGCCUGCAAUAAAGGCCAGGAGGCCCUGUGGGCAGACUCAGCCUCUCCCAAGGAAGCCCCCAUGGCUCCGCACCCCCCACAGCCUGCCCAGUCAUCAGCCAUGCCAAGGACAACAGCAAUAGUCCCCUGGGCCUCUCCCAGGCCCUCAGCCAUAGACGGUGAGACGGGCAGCCUCCCUCCCAAGUCUCUUCUAUAUCCAGGUCUGCUUUCUGCCUCCCUAAGAGUCCUUUCACCACACUCUCCCGAGGAAGCACCAGUUUUUCAGAAACCAAGAGAGGGAAGGGCAAAGUCCUUUAAAUACCAAAAAUGUUUACAGUGUUGGGUGCUGAGCUGCAGGGCUCAGGCCCGACCAGUCGUAACCAAAGGGUGAGGCAGGCCUUGCUGACUGCCACCCCCACCCCAGGCCUGUUAGAAUAGAAGCCUUAGUCCACCCCACCCACCCCGAACCCCAGGACUGAGCCUCAACCACCACCCAGCUCCACCACCUGCCUUCUCUUUGAUUUCUAAAGAAGGAUUCAGCAGAGACCCAUCCCUCCCUGGCUCAGUAUGAGCUGCCUGCCUCCUGCCCCACCCCAUCGCAGCCUUCACAUCUGGACCCCUCCCAUCUGUCCUCGUGCUGUCUGUCUCUGGGCCAUGUGUGAACAGUGUCCUGACUCCCUCCCUGCUGUCCCUGCAUCAUUGGACCUGAGUGUGCUCUGUAUAUGUCACUGUCUGUUACACCAAUUAAAGAAGCAGGAAGGCUUC